AUGCUUCAUCAAAGACUGCAGUUAUCUGCGGUAACCAAAAGUUUACAACGGCUCGCGCUACAGCAAUACACAAGUCGUUUUUAUGCGACGAAGCAACUCAAGACUGGAUCCGAAGGCAAUGCGGUCUCAACCGGCGUUCCCACAAACACCACCGAGACUUCCGGUCCGCAGUCGGCCAUUUUGCGCACCUACAAGCCCCGAACUCCUGGUGUGCGACAUUUGAAACGACCCAUCAACGAUCAUCUAUGGAAAGGUCGACCUUUCCUGCCUCUGACUUACCCCAAAAAGGGGCACGGAAAAGGUGGACGAAACGUAUAUGGCCGCGUAACCGUGCGACAUCGCGGCGGUGGCGUCAAACGAAGAAUACGCACAGUCGACUUUGAGCGAUGGAGGCCCGGACCACAUCUGGUCGAUCGCAUUGAAUACGACCCUGGUCGCAGUGCACACAUCGCGCUGGUUGCGGAACAAGCCACCGGGAGAAAGUCUUAUAUUCUGGCUGCGGAAGGUCUUCGAGCUGGUGAUAUUGUUCACAGUUACCGGGCAGGCAUUCCCCAGGAUCUCCUGGACAGCAUGGGCGGCGUUAUUGAUGCCGGUAUCUUGGCGUCUAAGACUGCCUUUGCCGGCAACUGCCUGCCCAUGCACAUGAUACCCGUGGGGACAGAGGUUUUUGCGGUGGGUUCGGCCGCAAAGCGAGGGGCUGUCUUCUGCCGCAGUGCCGGCACGUCUGCAGUAAUCGUAAACAAGAACGAGGAGACGAGAGACGACGGCACCAAGAUUAUGACGGGCAAGUAUGUCGAAGUGCGCCUUCAAAGCGGCGAGGUUCGUCGCGUCAGCAAGAAUGCCUGCGCUACGGUAGGAGUCGCCAGCAACGUUCACCAUCAUUACCGCCAGCUCGGCAAGGCUGGACGAAGUCGCUGGCUGAAUAUCCGGCCGACGGUCCGUGGCGUAGCCAUGAACAAGGUUGAUCACCCUCACGGCGGCGGUAGAGGAAAGUCCAAGAGCAAUCGCAACCCAGUGACACCAUGGGGAAGACCCACCAAGAGUGGCUACAAAACACGCCGCACGCACAACCGCAACAAGUGGGUAGUCACGCCUAGACCUCGCAACCACGGCAAGCGACGAGACAAGCGUUCAUCAACAGAGUAG